UCUUUCUCUAAUCAUCUUCUCUUCAGUAAUAGAAAGAAAUUAGAAACAGGAAAAGUUCUGAUCACUUUUUGGUUUUGAGAGGAAGAAUUCUAAAGUGAUAAAUGAGAAAUACUGGGGCAGCCCCGCUCGGGGUCGUCCAUGGCCUCAAGUUUUACUUGCAAUGGUUGUAGUCUUUGUAUCAUACCAUGUAGGAUCUGUUUCUGCUGAUCCAUAUCAGUCCAAUUCACCACCACCACCACCAUAUGAUUACAAGACGCCUCCACCCCCAUCUCCAUUUCCUCCACAACCAUAUGUUUACAGUUCCCCACCACCACCUACACCAGCGUAUGCACCUCCUACACCAGUCUACAAGCCACCGCCACCGCCACCUACGUAUGAGCCUCCUCCGCCAGUCUACAACCCACCACCACCACCUACAUACAAGCCUCCUCCACCAGUCUACAAGCCGCCACCACCACCUACACCAGUGUACAACCGACCACCACCACCUAUGUAUGAGCCUCCUCCGCCAGUCUACAACCCACCACCACCACCUACGUACGAGCCUCCGCCACCACUCUACAAGCCGCCACCACCACCUACGUAUGAGCCUCCUCCACCAGUCUACAAGCUGCCGCCUCCACCAAAUACAUAUGAGCCCCCUACACCAGUCUACAACCCACCACCAUACGUCUACUCAUCUUCACCACCACCAGUCAAGUCUCCCCCACCUCCGUACGUCUACUCAUCUUCGCCGCCACCACCAACCAAGUAUCUCCCACCUCAUUAUUACACAUGGCCACCACCACGAGUAGUUUACCCAACUCCACACCAUCACUCACUUAUUGUUAAAGCAGUCGGGAAAGUAUACUGUUACAGAUGCUAUGACCAGAGCAACCCAAAGAAAUCACAUGCCAAGAAACACCUUAAAGGUGCUAUUGUGGAGGUCAGUUGCAAGGCAGGUGAUAAAGAAAUCAUGGCCUAUGGAAGAACCAAAAACAAUGGUAAAUACAGUGUUACAAUUAAAGGUUUCAAAUAUGGAGGAGCAGCUUGCAAGGCUAAGCUGUAUAUGGCACCAAAGGGUUCAACCUGCAACAUUCCUACUGACUUACAUGGUGGAAAGGAUGGAGUUCAAGUUAAGGUUAAGUCCAAGAAUCACCGAUUAGUUGUGCUCCAAACAAAGCCAUUUGCAUAUGGAUCCAAAACUACUUACAAGAAAUGCUCAAACUACAAUUACAAAUCACCACCUCCACCAUCUCCAGUACCUACUCCUUACUACUUCUUAUCACCACCACCACCACCUCCAUCCCCAGUACCAACCCCUUACCACUACAAGUCACCACCACCACCAUCUCCAGUACCUAUUCCUUACUACUACAAAUCACCACCACCACCUCCAUCCCCAGUACCAGCUCCUUACUACUACAACUACCAUCCACCUCCCUCACCAUCACCUCCUCCACCAUACAGAUACCCGCCAUCUCCACCCUCGCCACCUGCUCCAUACUACAAGUCACCACCAUCUCCAACACUUGCUCCUUAUUACUAUGACUCAACACCUCAACCAUCUUCAGCACCCACACCAUACUACUACGAAUCACCACCGGCGCAAUCACAAGAUCUCGCCCCAUACUACUACGAAUCACCACCAACACAAUAUCCAGAUCUCGCCCCUUACUACUACGAAUCACCACCAGCACAAUCCCCAGAUCUCGCUGCAUACUACUAUGAAUCACCAAUAACACAAUCUCCAGUAUCCGCGCCAUACUAUUACGAUUCAACACCAACACCGUAUACAGCAUCUUCACCAUUUUACGACCCUUGGGAACCUUGAUAUCUCAUUCUAGGCUGAGUUAUCUAGUAAAAAAGUGUUAGUAUGUGUUUGUCUCACUACAGUCUACUAAUUUGGUUGAGAAGUUGUGAUACUUUUCUUUUUCAAUGUAUGUACUGAUACUACUCAACAGUCUCCUCC